UAUAUGAGCUCCGCGGAGGCGCCUCCUCGGCCUUUUUCCGCCUCGUUCUUCGCUCGCGCCGGGGGCUGCCGCCACUAGCGCUCUUCCACCCGGCCUGCCGCCGCCGCCCGCCCGCCGCCUCAGCCAUGAUCAUCUACCGCGACUGCAUCAGCCAAGAUGAGAUGUUCUCAGAUAUCUACAAAAUCACAGAAGUUGCCAAUGGCCUCUGCCUGGAAGUGGAAGGGAAGAUGGUCAGCAGGAAAGAGGGUGAAAUUGACGAAGCCCUGAUUGGGGGAAACGCAUCCGCCGAAGGCCCCGAAGGGGACUGCACAGAGGCCACCGUCAUCACCGGGGUCGACAUCGUCAUGAAUCACCACCUCCAGGAAACCACUUUCACCAAGGAGUCUUACAAAAAGUACAUCAAGGACUACAUGAAGUCGUAA